UGUUGUUGUUGCACACAUUCCACAACCCAUCAGGCAUGGCUGAGCAGCAAGACAUUGCCCUCCAAACAUUUAACGAAUUAGGGUUGACGGCUUCCGAUAAAGUAUCCAAGCAACAAGAGUCAAGUUUUGAAAAUCUCGACUUCUCGCCUCAAGACAUCUUAAGCCCUUCAUCUAUUGGAGCUUCAAAUGUGACAGAUGGAAGUACUUUAUUACCCAGUGUUCACGAAGAAGGCUCAACCUUGCUCAACAGCAGCAAAGAGAAGAGAACUACCACGAGUCCCAAGAAGACUCAAGAGCGAUAUCCAACAUCCAAACCAUCAAGUCGGUCAAAAAGUCAAAGAAACUACCAAGUGUUUCCUGGAAGAAACCGGUUCUUCUGCGGAGGUCGCGUCAUGACCAGUCGUGAAUACUAUGCAUUUGCGCUUGCUCUUAUACUACUAAUUGCACCCUGUGCAUUAUUUGGUGUCUUCACUUGUCCCUGGAUUUGGUUCAAUGUUCAUAUCGCGGUUCCAAUCGUAUACGCCUAUUUAUUCGUUCUUGCUCUUGCUUCCAUGUUACGAACCAGCUGGACUGAUCCCGGUAUUAUCCCUAGAAAUUUAGACCCCUCUCCACCGCUGGAUGAUUUCGAUGACCGCCAUUCAUUUGCCUACGGAACAACGCUUGAUCGACGAAUCCCUGUUGUUAAAAAAGUGGUUGUAAAGGACCACAUUGUAGACCUAAAGUAUUGUGAUACGUGUCGUAUUUAUCGACCUCCGCGGGCCAGCCACUGUCGACAAUGCGACAACUGUGUUGAAAAUGAAGACCAUCACUGUGUUUGGCUCAAUAACUGCAUUGGCCGAAGAAAUUACCGGCCGUUUUUCAUCUUUAUCAACACUGCCUCCGUCCUGUGCCUGUAUACCCUAGGAUUCUCCAUUUAUCACGUCAUCACGCUUUAUCUUCAAGGAGAUCCAGAGCGAAAUUUUUUGAAUGCAGUACAACAGGCUCCAGUCAGCUUUGCUCUCAUCAUUUUGUGCUUCAUAUUGAUGUGGAGUGUUGGAGGUUUGACCGGAUAUCACUGCUAUCUUGCUCUCAGCGGUGUCACCACGCAUGAACAGCUCCGAGCGAAUAUCAUGCGCGAUUCGACAGAUAUCAAUUUGUUCAGUUACAACAGCUCAAUCCGAAAUCUAGCUUACAUCCUUUGUAGACCUACUACGAAAAGCUUUUUGCGACGUCGUAAGCCAGUGGAAGUCGAAGGUGAUAGACAACUCAGAAGUGUAGUAACAUCCCAGGAGUGAUAUGUAUUAUUGUAGACGUAGUUGCGAUUUUAAUUUGUUACAAGAUACCCUAGUUGUUACUUUUAUAUUUAUAUUACAAUGUUAG